GAAAUAGUGGGGACUUUGGUGUCCUGUAACACCGUGGUUGACAUCGACUCUUUCUACGGAAUACUAGUGUCGACAAUUUCGAACUAAAUUCGACACUCUAGAAUGCCACAUCCCCACGGUGAUAAUCCGGGAGAUAAUCUUCCAACCAAUGAGCUUGUGGAAAAUAACCCAGAACACAGAGUUGAUGGUGAGCAAUCAUAUCGCCUUAUGAGAGCUCUUGUAGUUUCUCCAUCAAUGCAGAAGGCCAGGCGCCACGAGCUUCGUGAGAAACGGCGAAAGCGCUUCACAUUGCAACAAGUUAUCGUAGUUAGACAACAGAAAAUAUAUGAACAACAAUGUGAGAUUGAAGAACUACGCAGAAGGAUACGAGAACUAGGAAAUGACAAUAAGUUUCUACGAGAACAAAACUACUGGCAGGCAAAAGCACUAGAAAAAUUGGACGGAAGAGAGGCUGAACUCCCCCAAAUAAUCAAUGGUCAUCUUGAGGAAAUACGGGUGUUUCGCGAACAAAUUCGCCGCAUGAAGGAUGUGUUGAAAAUAGAAAAACAACGGCGUCAUGAUGCUGAGGCCGCCAAUGAAAAGGCUUUGUUUGAGCUGAGACAUUUACGGAAGUUGGCUGAGAAACAGAACCUUUUGGAACGGGAAGAACUCAUGCAAACCGUACAAAAACUCCGUGUUGAAGCAGAAGAACGUGGAAAGCUCUUGAAAAAUUUGGAGCGUUAUGCAGAAAAUCUGGAGAAAAAUCAACGAUUUGAGAGUUUACGAUCGUCUAAGGCACAGAAGGAUAUGAAAGAUACGUGCCAGCGUCUCCUAGAUAGAAUACAUGAACUAGAACAAACAGUUCAGGAAAAGCAGAAAAUUAUCGAACUUGGUAACAUAUAUUCCAAACGGCUUAUGAAGCAACGAACAAUAAUGCUAAAUACGAGCGCGGAGGCAGGCCACUCUUCGACCGAGUCAGUGCACACCGGCGCUAUGGAAGUCGAGUGUGACGCAAGCAAAGGAAAAUUAAGGGAGCGUAUCAAGGAAUUCGACCAGAGAAGGCAAGAUAUGGAACGGAAGAGAGAACGGAUUCGCCGGAAACGCCUGCAGCACUCGAACGUGGAAGACUUGGAUGACGAGAACUGCUAUGAGGUGGCAUUGGAAAAUGUAGAGGUGGAUAAGUCAGAUUACGAGGGAAACCAAGUUUUGACCAUAUCUCCGACACAAACUGACAGCCGAUGCAAUGCAGGAUCAAGUGAACCGGACCAGAAUGGCCGCUUUCGAUCAGCUGAGCAGAAUGCAGUCGUUCUUCCGAAAAUACUCCCAAAAGAAUCCCCACCAAGGCCAGACGGAAAGCGAAAUAGGGCAACAUGUGAAGCCAAACAAGUGAAAUUCAGUGACAUCACGCCAUGUACCGGAAGAACUAGGGAUGAGGAGGUGAUCUUCAAACAACUACAAAGUAGCGAGCGUCUUGCACGCUUGUUUGCGGAAGCUAGUCUAGAACAAACUCACGUCGAGAUGGAUUCUCAGCGAGACCAGCUGAAAUACGCAGAUGACUUUGUGGUGAACUAUGACUUAACAGCUCGAAUGAAGGCCAUCGAAAGACUUUCUAAGCCAUCUCUGAUGAACGUACAAGUAAAGGUGAAGCCAUCGGGCUCAAACCAGAUAGCAUCUUCAUCGAAAUUCGCUGACUCACCCAAGGACGAUACAGAAAUCUCUCAAUCCCCCAAAGCAGUUAAAGUCGAAGACACCAACUGCAAAGAGAGAGCUCCAGAAUACUUGAUUAAAAACGUGCAACCAUCAUCCAAGGAAACUGCACAUUCGGUCGAGCCUCAUAGUCCCUCCUGCAAAACUCCAGUCAGCGCCAGUAGUCCGAAAGAACCACAGCUCAGUAGGGAUUUCUCCGCAUUCGAUUCGUUCAAACUCGUGCCUCUACCAGAGGCAACUAAGCAAAUUUGUCGACCUUGUGGAGAACAAGACCUAGAUUCCUUCACAACAGAGGAGACAAGCAAUGCUGGCAGCCCCACAAACUCGGAUACCAUGGCAACCGGUGCUGACGACGAAUAUACGUGGCGAGAAUCGCCAUCUAUCAAGGGCGGAUCCUCUCUCAACAGUUCCCGCCUCCCAUCUCGUGUAUAUCACGGUCCUAAUGGAUUAUUGGUGAAUGCUCCAAAUGAUAUUGAAGGUUUGGAUAUAGAAUAUAUUACCGAGGCCGUUUUUGGCCCAAUACGUGUUACCGCUACAGGAGCUCCAGCAGGUUCUUCUUCGAAGAAUAACACUAUUUUACUCACCGGUCCUGGACGUACAAAAACAUUGUACAAAAUGGUGAAAAACGAUACAGACCAUCCGGUAAGAAUCUGUCGCAAGCCCAAACCACCAACACAAGUAGCGGUGGUUUGGAGAGUGCUGGAAGUGCAACAGCCACUUUUCUCACAAAUCUAA